UCGAUAACAAGUUCACACUGACUGGACCACUAAAAGAUUAAAAAUCUCACGAUCCACUUCAAAUCACCACCUCGCUUCUUCUCUUCUUCUUCUUCUUCUUCUUCUUCUUCUUCUGCUCGUGCUUGUCUUAGAUUGUCUACCCCGCAUUUCUCUUGUCUUGAACUCAAUGUAAUAAUCAAGAUGUUCUUCUUCUCACAUCCUUGAUUUUUCUUUAACAAAGAACCUCCACCGCUUUCUCCCGGCAUCUUCGCUUUGCAUCGGCAAAUCUGCAGUUUCCCCAGAUUCCAACGCAGCUCAGUUAAUUCAGAGUGAGAGAGAGAGAGAGAGAGAGAAAGAGAAAGAGAUACAGGACUCCUUCUUGGUUAUGAUGUCCUCUCAGGGUGGCCAGCAGGAGGCCACUCUUUAUUCUCACGAUUCCGAUCGCAGAUCCCCUUCGCCACAGAAUCAGCAACAUCGUCGUGGCUACCAGGCCUGCGAUCCAUGUCGCAAGCGCAAGGUCAAGUGUGACCUCGGUAGUGUUGAUAACCCCCGCCCUCCACCGUGCGUUCGCUGUCGACGAGAAAGUAAGCGAUGCGAAUUCUCCGCCACCCGGCGCAAACGCAAGCCCUCCGACGUCGAGGAGACUCUCGACGGGGUCUUGCGUCGCGAUAAGCGGAUGAUGGUCGGAGAUGUCGCAUCCAACGCCAAUGGCUCUCCCAGCGAUGGUUCGUCCUACCAACAACACGAUCCGUCGCCAUUUGAGUCAACCAGUAGUCAACCACGACCCAAGUGGCUCGAGCGCUCCCCGCCAACGAGCCAGGUGCCCUCAUCCAAUGUGCCUCCGCAGUAUGCUGCCAGCCAGCCUGCUACAUCCACAAACCAGUUUUCAGAUGUAAGGAAUACAAGACCCCCCACCUACUCGGUUGGGGAAAGGGCACCGGGCUCAAGGUUUAGUCUUGAGGGCAACCAGCCCAUGAUGAACCGUACCGCCGUCGAACUCCUGUCGCCCGCGAUCAGUAACAGCCACGAUGCACUGCAUCUUCUGUCGGAGGCCGCAGGACGGACGGAAGACCUGAAUCGCCAGAGCCUUGGGAAUCGCUACGCAGCGGCUCGCCAGUCGGUGUCCUCUUUCAACUCGUCCAUGUCCCCCAUCACCCAGGCGGGAACUCCACAAAGUGCAGGCGGGUCCUUCUCCCGACAGUCGAGAUCGACUGCUGUGCAUUCUGGUUCUUAUUAUCAGGGUGGCGGGUUGGCUACGGGGGAGUCGCACAUCCCCGACAGUAAUGGUCGCGCAGACUCCGUGGACCACUCGUUGGAGUCGGGGUUCCAAGACGCCGUCAAGGCAUGGUCGCGACUACGGUUUGUUCGUGCUGGCUGGCUUUCUGUCGAGGAAUCGAUGGCUUAUGUGGCAUACUACUACGAACAUCUCGCCCCGUUGAGCCCCAUUGUGGUCCCGGAUUUCUCUCAUCCUUCGACUCAUCGUACGCUCCUUACUGACGAACCUGUGCUGGCGGUAACCAUCUUGACAACAUCGUCCCGACAUAUGAAGCCAAAAGGGGACGGAGCACACUCUCGAGCGUUUUACAUUCAUGACCGGCUCUGGUCGUAUCUCCGUGGUAUGAUCGAACGCUUGUUCUGGGGCCAGGAGAAGUUUGGCGGGAACGGCAUUGGGAUCAGCAAACCUCGGUCCUUUGAUUUAGCACCCACUGCGGCCAAAAUCAGCCACAAAGGUAAUCUGAGAUCUUUGGGCACGAUUGAGGCGUUGUUGAUCCUGACGGACUGGCAUCCCCGCAAUUUGCACUUCCCUCCUGGUGAUGAUGAGAAUGCACUGCUUGACCUGGAUGCGAAUGCUCCGAGUCGAUAUGACAGAGAUCUCGACGGCGAUGGCGAAAACGCUACAACUCGAGGUACCAGUGGCGCUCCUGAGGGUCGACUGGCAUUCCAGACGUGGCUGGAGCCAGCGUGGCGGUCAGACAGGAUGUCCUGGAUGUUACUUAGUACUGCACAGGCUUUGGCAUUUGAAUUGGGGGUGUUCGACCAGAAGAAUGACGCAAAGGCUGCCGCUGAAUCCCCAACUGAACAGACCCGCAAGCGUCGGCUGCGUCGACUGAUCCUGGUGUACAUCACGCAGAGUAGUGGCCGCCUGGGUAUUCCCUCUAUGCUGCCCCUCCCCCAAUGGGCCAAUGAUAUCCAACCUACACCCGUAACAGGAUCCAAGGAUAAUGACGUGGAUAAGAUGCAUGAUUGUUGGAUUGGCAUUUCGAAAAUCAUGUACCAAAGUAACCAGCUCCUGUUCGCCUCGAACGAACAGACCUCCGAGCUGAUUCGCAGCGGGCGGUAUCGAGAGCAGAUUGACCGAUUCCAGCCUUUUCUUCGAGAAUGGCGACACAAUAUCGAUGCUACUGAAUUGGCACCUGCAAUGCGGAGUAUUCUCAUGAUCGAGUAUGAAUAUACGCGAUUAUACGUCAACUCUUUAGCCUUGCAGGCGGUGGUCGAUCGAUGGACAACCAUGUCACACGAGGCGGCCCAGGCUCAAAACAACCGACCGGGAUCUGGGCCCGCAUCAGGCAGCGGCGGCUCGUUUCAUGUGCUGAUGGAGCUGUAUCGAGUCAAUGAGCAAUAUAUCCAGGAGGUUGUGGAUGCGUCACGCAAGAUCUUACAAACAGUGCUUGAGGGACUUGUUCCGGGGGAUCAUCUGAAACAUGCUCCUGUGCGAACUUGCUUCCGCAUACUUUCCGGGAUGAUCUUUAUCCUCAAAACAUUCACUCUCGGUGCCAAAGAAGAUGACGUGCGAGUAUCGUUGGACCUGCAAGACCGAACAGUCGAAGCACUGCGCACAUGUGUUGUGGAUGACAUCCACCUGAGCCAUGCGAUCGCGCGACUCCUCGAGCUUCUGACGACCAACAUCCGCACACGGUUUCUUAGGUUUGCCCCCCUGGACCGUAGCGGUGAUGGCGACGGGCAAGAUCGGACACCAGCGCCAGCCUCCCGAGUGCAGUCUCCCCGACAGCGAGAAGGAGGUGGUGGAGUGCAGAAUCGCCGCGACGGGGCCAGCAGCAGUAUCAACAACAACCACCAUAACAGCCGUCAUGGGUGGACCCCCGGACAGCAACAACCGCAACCGCAACCGCAGCAGCAUCAGGGCCACGGAGCGGCAGCAGCAUCAGGGCAAGGUCAGAAUGUCGGCUAUGUGGACGGGCACCCACCGAGUACGACGAUGGCUUCCGUGCAUGAUCCCCUGGCGGGGAUCCCUGUACAACCGAUUAAUUCUUCGAAUAUCAAUGUCUCAUUCAUGCCCCCGCCGCCGUCUGUAUACUACAACUACUAUGAUCCGCGGGCGACGCCGCCGUCGAGGGAGAUGGAAGGAUCGAACGUUGCGCCGCACACCGUGAACGAGAACCCGGGGGCUCCUGACUGGUUUGCGCUGCCGUUGGACCAAUUCUUCAACAGCUCGACGGCGGUUGUGGACCAGGGUCUGGGAGGAACGGGACCGAUGGUGGGCGAGUUCGAUAUGCUGGAAGUUCUCCUCAACGAGCAGUACGACGGGAAUGGCGAUGGGCUUGAGUCAGGGCCAACCCUCCCUUCGCAGUUUAUGCAGGCAUCAUCAUAGGCCGCAUUCUAUGUACGGCAUGAUCAUGCCGAUGCUGUACAUGUUGAUUUUUUCAUGUUUAUUAUAAUACCCGGGGUAUUUAUUGGUGUUUCUCGGGCCGGUUUUACUUGAUUUCCCUUUCUUUUGUGACUUACGCGAACCUUGAUGGUUCAAUCAGCCUGAGAUGAGGAGAUGUUUCCCUUGUACGAUGGAUGGAGUGUACAGUGAUGCGUGAUGAAUAACGGCGGUUCCUUUUCCUAGGAUGCCUUGGUAUGCGACACAAUGAAACACGUGUAUACAAAGUCAUCAGAAUUAAUUUAAGUAGGAAGGCGAGUGUCUCAAUCUGGGCGCACCAGGCUCGUAUUCAGAGAGGCAGGUUACAUGCUUCGUAGCGGUCUCUGAUGUUGUAUAGGGAGGAGGGUUGUUUCACGUGAGCCACAC